AUGACCGGAUUCGCCAUUCUCUUUCCCAUCGUCGUCACAGGCUUCCUGACGUAUUGGUUUGUGGGUUUCUUCGAUGCGUUCUUCUCGCCGGUGUACAAGAAGCUUUUCGGGUACAAGGUCUUUGGCCUGGGCUUCCUUACGUCCAUGGUGUUCAUCUUCCUCACAGGUCUGUUUUUCUCCUCAUGGGUGGGGAGCUGGUUCCUUGAACUGGGGGAGUGGAUAAUCAAGAAGCUGCCGCUGGUGAAGCACAUCUACUCUGCGUCCAAGCAGGUGAGCACUGCAAUCAACCCUGAUGAUGACAAGGCCAAGGCAUUCAAAGAGUGUGUGAUCAUCAAGCACCCCAGGAGUGGGGAGUUCGCCUUUGGCUUCAUAACAGGAGAGUCCAGGAUAGAGACGCCCCAGGGCGACCUCCAUCUGAACACUGUGUAUGUUCCCACCAACCAUGUGUACGUGGGGGACAUCUUCCUGCUCAGCAGCAAGGACAUCUUGCGGCCAAACCUGACAGUGGCUGAGGGACUUGAAAUCGUCGUCUCCUGCGGGAUGGCCAUCCCAAGAAACCUUGUGGCCACGCUGGAACUGACCUGA